UGACGUUUAUCGGGAGCAGACUGAUCACUGUACUAAAGUAAGAAAUGGUGGCAGUGGUUUGGUAAUAAUGUCUUGUUUCUUUGACACUGGUUACUUUUAAUUUCUGUAACGAUGCCGGGGAUGUGCUCUGUGCCGGGCUGUAAGGGCUACAGGAAGGCCAGGUCCCGAGGGGUCGUCUUCCACUCUCUGCCUACAAGGGACCCGCAGCGAUGCAGAAAGUGGUUACAGGCCAUACAGAGCCCCAAAUUUGACGAAAACACACCUACGAGUAAAUACGGCAGUAUAAGAGUCUGCAGCCAGCAUUUUAAACCGGAAGAUUACGAGCCGGACAUCCAAGCAGAAUUUAUGAAAACAACACCGGAAAAUCCUCAAGUCCAAGGUGAUUCCCACUGUUUUCUCUGGAAGACAGCACGAAGACAGCAGCCGAACACAGGGUCCCAUUAAAUCUUCACAGGCGUCUUCCGUGGGUGUCCGAGGUGCUGUUGUGGAUGCUGCAUCGCCUUUUCCCUCCCUGCCAGCUCCUGUAAGUUUAACACACGACAUUCAUAGCCCUUAAAUGAGUAUUGUAUGCAGUCAAAAGUAGUGUAUGUAUGUAAUGUGAACGCAAGUCCCUUUUACACUGCUGGUUCAAGGUAGGAAUGUUGUGUCACUGUGCCACCU